GUCGGGCUCAGGGACGCCUUCCCGGCUCUCUGCUGCCUCCGUCUCCACGGGGACGUCUCCAGGAGGCCGCGGCAGCUCUCCUCUGUCCUGAACACCUGAAAUAGAGCGGCCGGGCGCUGGGUCCCGCAGCCCGCAGACCCUGCCGGGGGGGGCAAGCCCGGCCCUCUCGCCAGGCACGCCGAGCGCGGGUGUCUUGUUUCCAGCCGGGCCCUGCUGGCGCUGUCUGUAAACCCGCGGGGAGAUGAAUAUGCAAGGUGCCGCCGUGCUGGUGGGUGGAGGGAGGAGCUCGGGCCGUGCCAGGGAGGCUUGCUUUGCUCUGGCACGGGAGAGAGAGCGUCCCAGGCCUGCUGCUUCUCCCCCCGCUUCCUUCUUAGGGCGUUUCUCUCUCCCGUUGCCGGCCUCUCACGCGGGCACCGUCUGACCGAAAUAGCUGCUGACCUGCCCCGUGCCCUGAGCUGCAGGGCGGGCUGUCCCGGCUGACCCAGGGGACUGGCUUGUGCGGCUCAGGGGCUCCCCUGCGCCCCCCUGCUCCCCUGGGCGCUGUUGCUGGAGUUAGCCAUGAGCGUGACAAUUGCUUGCGAGGUUUGUAACACGUGCCACGUACAGAAGGCCGUGGGUUGUGUCCUGGGGGCUUUGACAAGCCCUCGCUUUGGCAGCAAGCGCUGCAGCAGCUGCGGUGAGGUGGGUGCCUGCGCCCAGCGGGGCUUUCCCUGCAGCUCACGCGAGGGCAUCGGCCCCGGAGGGCCCGGGGCAGGGAGCAGGUCCUGAUGUCGUUGGGCUUCCUCUGUCCGCUCCUCCUGCCACGCCUGUUCUCUCCUCUCUUUAGGCCACUAGUUCCUUGCCAGAGAGUUUGACCACAGAGAGUCGCCAAGAUAGCUGGGCCAGGAAGAAAACGUCGCACCCCUGACCCAGACUCCAUCACCGACCCCGGCGGGCCGUUUGUGUCCUCCAAACGGCUGAAGAUGUCCAGUAGCACCAAUGCCCCCGGCCAGAGGAGAGUGUCUCGGGGCUUGGACGAUGCCACCAACAAGAAGAAGCAGAAGGAUCGAGCCAACCAGGAGAGCAAGGAAGUGUCUCGCCCUGAGCCCGAGCAGGCUGAGACCCCCCAGGAGAGGGACUCGGAGGAGGAGCUGCUGCUGGACUGGAAGCAAAAUGCUGACGAGAUCAUUGUCAAGCUGAACUUGGGCAGCGGAGCUCUGAAGGUGGAGGACGUGGAUGCUGCUUUCACCGACACUGACUGCGUGGUCAAACUGCCAGAUGGGCGCCAGUGGAGCUGUCAGUUCUAUGAGGAGAUCGAGGGCUCCUGCAGCAAGGUCCAGUGCAAGAAGGGCAACUUCCUGCAGCUUGUGCUCCAGAAGAAGAUCCCGCUUCACACCUGGACUUCACUUCUGAGAAGGAAGGAUGGAUCCAAAGAGCUGGCCAAAGGAGCCAUGUGCUGGGAGAACGGGAAGGAGAAGGCUGCUGCUGCAGAGCUGGCCCCCGAAGAGCCCCGGGCUGAAAGCACAGAGCCACCGAGGACCCGGCGGGAGCCCUCCAACCCCAAGCGCGCUCAGGGAAGAAGCGAGGCCCUGGGAGGGAAAAGCCCAGCCAGCCCAGGGACGCAGAGUGGCCCCAGCGCCAAGCGGGCAGUUUACCUCAAAGUGGCUCCAACCGAAGAAGAGCCAAAUGCCAGAGUCACCGGCAGCGUGGAGCCCAGCAAGGGGCACGGCGGGAGGGCAGGCAGCCGUCGCAACGGCAGAGCCAGCCAGGGCGAUGCGCCCACGGCCCUGGCCGACCUCGCACCACCACUGGAGAAGGCUGUGGUUUUGGCCAAGGAGACCGUUCCCGUGGAGAUGCCACCUCUUGCAGCCACCACAGAGGUGUUCCCCCACCGUGUUGCCACCUGUGUGGAGAAGAGAGUCCUGCAGCCGAGCAGCCCCACUGAGGCCUCGCGGGGCCGGGACUGCGCGUCCGUCCUGGGGGAGAGCUCCAAGGCCAUCCCUGCAGCCACCCCUUCCCUGGGCAGAGACGGUGAGAAGAGGGACUGGUCCAAGGACGACGUGGCUCUGGAAGCAGCAGCUGAUGAGCCAGAGCCUUUUGUGAGCCUGACCUUUGUCAAGAAUGACUCGUAUGAGAAAGGCAAUGACCUGGUGGUGGUGCACGUCUACGUGAAAGAGAUUCACAAGGAGACUUCCAAGGUUUUGUUUCGGGAGCAAGACUUCACAUUGGUGUUCCAGACGAGCGAUGUAAACUUCCUUCGCCUCCACCCUGGUUGUGGGCCUCACACAGUGUUCCGGUGGCAGGUGAAGCUCAGGAACCUCAUUGAGCCGGACCAGUGCACGUACAACUUCACGGUGUCUCGCAUUGAUGUCUGCUUGAAGAAACGCCAGAGCCAGCGCUGGGGCGGGCUGGAGGCUCCGGCCACACGAGGUGCAGUGGGUGGUGCAAAGGUUGCCAUGCCUACAGGCCCUACCCCUCUGGAUAAGACACCCCCGGGCAGUAACCAGCACCCCCUGUCCAGCAAAGAGGAGGCCCGAGCCAGCGACAAAGAGAAGCCACGCGUCGAGGAUGGGGGUCUGGACGGUGUGGCAGCCCGUACAGCCCCAGAACACGUGGCAGUGAAGCAAGAGCCUCACAUCCCAUCGCCCAAGCCGACCUGCAUGGUGCCCCCGAUGACGCACAGCCCCGUGAGCACCGAGAGCGUGGAGGACGAAGAGGACGAGGACGAGAAGAAGAAGGUGUGCCUGCCCGGCUUCACGGGGCUGGUGAACCUGGGCAACACCUGCUUCAUGAACAGCGUCAUCCAGUCGCUGUCCAACACCCGCGAGCUGCGCGACUACUUCCACGAUCGGUCCUUCGAGUCGGAAAUCAACUACAACAACCCGCUGGGGACAGGGGGCCGCCUGGCCAUCGGCUUUGCCAUGCUGCUGCGAGCGCUGUGGAAGGGCACGCACCAUGCCUUCCAGCCCUCUAAACUGAAGGCGAUCGUGGCCAGCAAGGCCAGCCAGUUCACUGGCUACGCCCAGCACGAUGCUCAGGAGUUCAUGGCCUUCCUGCUCGAUGGCCUGCACGAGGAUCUCAACCGCAUCCAGAACAAGCCCUACACAGAGACCGUUGACUCGGAUGGGAGGCCCGAUGAGGUGGUAGCUGAGGAGGCUUGGCAGCGACACAAGAUGAGGAAUGACUCCUUCAUUGUGGACCUCUUCCAGGGCCAGUACAAAUCCAAGCUGGUGUGCCCAGUCUGUUCCAAGGUGUCCAUCACUUUCGACCCCUUCCUGUACCUCCCCGUGCCCCUCCCACAGAAGCAGAAGGUGCUGACCGUCUACUACUUUGCGAAGGAGCCGCACAAGAAACCUAUCAAGUUCCUCGUGAGUAUCAGCAAGGAGAACUCCAGUGCCAUGGAGGUGCUUGACUCGGUGGCCCACAGCGUGCGUGUGAAACCAGAGAACCUGCGCCUGGCAGAGGUGAUCAAGAAUCGCUUUCACCGCAUGUUCCUGCCGUCCCACUCGCUCGACACGGUCUCCCCCACGGACCUGCUGCUCUGCUUCGAGGUGCUGUCCCCAGAGCUGGCCAAGGAGCGCGUGGUGGAGCUGCAGGUCCAGCAGCGUCCGCAGGUACCCAGUGUCCCCGUCGCCAAGUGUGCGGCCUGCCAGAAGAAGCAGCUGUCAGAGGAAGAGAAGCUCAGGCGCUGCACGAGGUGCUAUCGAGUCGGUUACUGCAACGUGGCAUGCCAGAAGACACACUGGCCAGACCACAAGGCUUUGUGCCGCCCUGAGAACAUCGGUUUCCCCUUCCUCAUCAGCGUGCCGGAGUCCCGCCUCACCUACGCCCGCCUGGCCCAGCUGCUGGAGGGCUACGCAAGGUACUCGGUCAGCGUGUUCCAGCCUCCCUUCCAGCUGGGACGGAUGUCGCCAGAGCAGGGGCUGCAGCCGCUGCUCCCCGACAAGCUGGAGCCCCUGGCCAAGAGCAGCUGCACAGCCGCCACCUCUGCCCCCGAGCUGGGGGACGGGGACAGGGCGUCCGGCCUCCUGCAGGAGCCCCCGCUCUCGCCGGCCGUGCCCGAGCUGCAUCCAGAGCUGGGUGACAGCAGCACCGUCCGCAGCAAGGUCCUGGCAGCCAGGAGUUCCCUGCUGAGCUUGGAUUCUGGCUUCUCCGAGCACGUGGAGUCGCAGGGCGACAGCUGCUGCGAGAAGGAGCCGUCCUAUGAGAGAGCCCUCAAACCCGAAGCUGCCAUCCCCGGGUACCAGCACACUCCUGACUCGCUGAGCGCCCGAGCCACGCAGUUCUACAUCAACAAGAUCGAUGCCGCCAACAAAGAGUACAAGCUGGAAGAUAAAGGUGACGCCCCCCUGGAGCUGACAGACGACUGCUCCCUUGCCCUGGUGUGGAAGAACAACGAGCGCCUCAAGGAGUUUGUGCUGGUGGAGUCCAAGGAGCUGGAGUGCGUGGAAGACCCGGGCUCAGCCAGCGAAGCAGCGCGGGCUGGCCACUUCACCCUGGAGCAGUGCCUCAACCUCUUCACCAAGCCCGAAGUCCUGGCCCCGGAGGAAGCGUGGUACUGCCCCAAGUGCAAGCAGCACCGCGAGGCCUCCAAGCAGCUGAUGCUGUGGCGCCUGCCCAACGUCCUCAUCAUCCAGCUCAAGCGCUUCUCCUUCCGCAGCUUUAUUUGGCGGGACAAGAUCAACGACAUGGUGGACUUCCCCGUCCGGAGCCUGGACCUGAGCAAGUUCUGCAUCGGCCGGAAGGGCGAGCAGCAGCUGCCCGUGUAUGACCUGUAUGCCGUGAUCAACCACUACGGAGGCAUGAUCGGCGGGCACUACACGGCGUACGCCCGCCUGCCCAACGACAAGAACAGCCAGCGCAGCGACGUGGGCUGGCGGCUCUUCGACGACAGCACAGUCACCACCGUGGACGAGAGCCAGGUGGUAACCAGAUACGCCUACGUCCUCUUCUACCGACGGAGGAACUCUCCUGUGGAGAGACCCCUGCCAGGCCACCCCCCCGACCACCGAGCCGAGCGCACCCCCUCUGCCGAGGCUGCCGCCAGUCAGGCUUCUCUGAUCUGGCAGGAACUGGAGGCUGAAGAACAAGAGCUGCAGCUCGAGGCUCCCCAAAGGCCUGCAAGAAACUCCUGGAGGCCCCGUGGCCAGAAGAGGAGUCCGGGCACCCCCCAGCACCCAGACGAAGGCUGCGUCAGAUACUUCGUCCUGGCCACCACGGCCGCAAUCGUGGCUCUCUUCCUCAACGUGUUCUACCCGCUCAUUUACCAGACCCGCUGGAGAUAGGCACGGGCACGUAGCCAGCUGCAGGAGCAGGGCUGCCGGGGCACGCGCCGUGCCAGGAUGCCGUGCGACGAAGACGUCAGGCGGCAGGACAGAGCCCUCCGGGAAGGACUCGCCCGCUGAAGGCACGAUCGGGCCUCGCCGAGGGAAGCGUGGGGCCGUCGGCUCCUGCCUGUCUGCCCUGGCAUCUCCCGUGCCAGCUGGCACGGCCGCCCGGCUGGCCUGCAGCCAUGCCAAGGCACAGCCCGGAACCAGGAUCCCCUCAGCCCUCCCUCGCCCUGGCUGCCUGCUCGGAGCAGGGCUGGCCCCACGGGUACGUGCCGCUCAGGAAGGGACAGUGCCGCUGCCCUGGGGAACGUCGCCUGUCUGCGCUCAUCUCCUGGGAACAAGCAGUGCCCUGCCCCGAGGCUGCUGCGAGGACAGGAUGCCCUGACACGGUUGCUGGUCCAGCUGCGCGUGCUGCUGUGCUGCUUCAGGAGCCUCGUGUUCUCCAGAGCUGGCACGAGAUGUGUCCCCCGGGCCACAGUUGUCCCUUGUGCUGGGGCUGGAUGGGCUUGUCACCAAGGGCUUACGUACUUCCCUGCUCAACCGGAGAGAGCUCAGCAGCACCCAGGCAGCCCUAGGGGAGCCUGGCAGACUGCACUCAGGCACCCGUGGCAAGCAUGGACCUGCGGGGGCUGCACCUGCCUGCGUCUAGGGGAGGGCAGGUCUCUGCUGCGUGCACGGCCCGACGAGGGGCCGGGGGCAGCACCUCAGUUCUGAGGGGCCUGUGGUGUGGGAGAGGCGUGGGGUCGGGGCGAGCAGGUAGGACCCAGGCUGCAGGAGGGCGGCGUCUCGCGGCUGUGCUGGCAGCGUCGCUCUCCUGCGUGCUGCGGGGGGUGUUAAUAAAGGCAGGUUUUCCAAAGAGA